AUGACCGACGUCAAGCGAGACCCUUCGGUCGAAACCGAAAAGCGCGAAUAUACGCAUGCCGAACAAGGCUCUCAGUCGGAUGACUUUGACCCCAAAAAUAAACUACACUUGGCCGAAGGUAACACUAAUGCCAAGCUUUCCAACCCACUUGUCGGCAUUCCCCACGACAAGCUCGAGGAGCAGGCACUCGCAUUUGCCCAUUCGUAUGGCCUUUCCGAGCAUGCCGAUAUCAUCCGCAAGGGGGCACUUGUUGCCCAAGACCCAUUGGCUCACUCCAGAGGAAAAGGCGAACUACAACGUGAACAGACCCAUAGAUGGGACCAACCGAAGACACUAUACUACCUCGUAGUCCUCUGCUCCAUGGCGGCUGCUGUCCAAGGAAUGGACGAAACUGUCAUUAAUGGCGCAAACCUUUUCUGGCCAAGACAAUUUGGCCUCUUUCCUGAUGAACCUGGCAGAGGACGCGACCAGUGGCUGCUCGGACUAGUUGCUAGUGCUCCUUAUCUCUGCUGCGCUGUUUUGGGUUGCUGGCUUACUGACCCCAUGAAUCGCAUGUUUGGCCGCCGAGGCACCAUCUUUAUUACUGCCACUCUGUCCUGGUUGACUUGUUUCUGGCAAGGCGUUACUAACUCGUGGCCUCACCUUUUCGCCGCCCGAUUCGUUCUUGGACUUGGAGUUGGACCUAAAUCGAGUACCGUCCCGGUUUAUGCAGCCGAGUGCUCUCCUGCCCCUAUACGUGGUGCCCUUGUCAUGAUGUGGCAAAUGUGGACCGCAUUCGGUAUUAUGCUCGGGUUUGUUGCCGACUUGAUGUUCUACCAUGUCAAGGACACCCCCAACAUCACAGGUCUUAACUGGCGUCUUAUGUUAGGAAGUGCCGGUGUUCCAGCUCUUGCUAUCAUGGCUCAAGUUUAUUUCUGCCCCGAGUCUCCCCGUUGGCUAAUGGGAAAAGGCCGUUACCUGAAAGCAUUCGAAUCCCUAUGCCGCCUCCGUAAGACGAAGAUAAUGGCAGCUCGUGACUUCUAUUACAUCCACACCUUAUUAGUUGCCGAACAGGAGUUGAAGCCAUCUGGAAAGUGGCGCAUUGUCGAGCUCUUCACCAUCCCCCGCAACCGUCGUGCUGCUCUUGCGUCAUUCAUUGUCAUGUUUAUGCAACAAUUCUGCGGCAUCAACGUAAUUGCCUACUAUUCGAGUACCAUUUUCUCUCAGGCCGGGUUGGGUGAUAUCCAAUCUAUCCUUGGUUCUUGGGGCUUUGGGAUGCUUAACUUUGUCUUUGCCCUUCCUGCCGUGUAUACAAUCGAUACUUUUGGUCGCCGCUUUUUGUUGUUGACGACAUUCCCCGCAAUGUCAGCUUGCUUGCUCAUUACAGGCAUGGCGUUUUUUAUUGGCAACGAUCAUGCACGAACCGGGGUUGUUGCCGCCGGCAUGUAUGUAUUUACCAUAUUCUACUCGCCAGGAGAGGGACCUGUGCCAUUUACCUACUCCGCUGAGGCCUUCCCCUUGAACAUUCGUGAUUUCGGAAUGUCGUUCGCGACUGCCACUUGCUGGUUCUUCAAUUUCGUGGUAGCCAUCACAUUCCCUCGCCUUUUGGGCGCCUUUACUCCUCAGGGUGCCUUUGGGUGGUACGCCGCUUGGAACGCCAUUGGUUGGGUUCUCAUCCUCUUGUUUGUCCCCGAAACUAAGGCACUCUCGCUCGAAGAACUUGACCAAGUGUUCUCCGUCCCCACUCACACCCAUGCUGCAUACCAACUUCGUGAAGUGCCCAUCUGGUUCAAACGCAAAUUCUGCGCCAAGAUGUUAAGCGCCAACCUAAACUUUAUGAACAUGAAGACCUUGGCCCAAGGACUUAUGCGCCCCCGUCCACCUGAGCUAAAUCCAGAACCGGAUAUCUUUACCUCAACGUCCUUGAAGAAUUCCAAAGACAAAGAUACCCUAUUGAGGGGCAUCGGAUACCUGUGUGGCAUCCAAGUGGACGAUAACAAUGGCCCCAAAAGGCUCACACGUCAGGUAGCCAGGUCUCUUGGAGUUAACCCGCCAUUUGUUCAAGAAACAAAUGACUUUUUCACCGAGAAUAUUGCCACUACGACUGAGCGUGACACGAAUUAUGUCCACCAGGGUUGGUCCAUUGAUGCAACCUCAACAAUUUCUCCAUGGACUUUGUCACGUACUAUCACCCGAAAUGGGCCCAAUAAUAGCGGAGCCUGGAUUACGCGGCGGACUGUGAUCAAACGACUCAGCGUGCAAGUGUCAUUGACGGAUCUCGUUCCUACCUCAGAAUUCCAAGAUGAAAUUGAAGUGGCGCUGAGCCAGCCAACAGUUUUUCAGCAAUUCAGAGCGGUUUAUUGUACAUUUCACAAGUGGGGUGAUGUGGUACCAUUGGAAAUUGAUAUGGGUAUAUCUUUGACCUUCACUGAUCUUGAAUCCAAUAUAUCUCAACUUCCUGCUACUGCCAACUGGAGAGACACUUAUUACUUGAUGACGAUUCGAACUGGGCGUACAACUAGACAGGACGGUAAUAAUUCUGCGAAUUGGGGAAAAGAGGUGUGGCCAUCCAUGAGUUAUACAUCCCCGCUUACUUGGCGCCAGAUCAGAAUAACAAAAGUUGCACCUACGAUAGAACUUCUGCCACCCAAGAUUCAAGAACGACUCUUGGAGCUAUAUGCCAAGCGUUUAUCCUAUGUCCCAGCUAUCACGAUUGGGCCCGGAGAUAGUUCUAGCAAGACUUAUGAGGACACACCUCAUGCCACAAAGCAAAUAUCUAGCGUUACUGUCUAUACAUCUGACUGGAUCAGGAGCAUGAGAUUUACUUAUGCAGACAAAACAUGCUCUAUUAAGCACGAAGGAACUGAAGGGUAUGGGGCUGUGCAUGAAUUCAAGCUUGUAGAGGGGGAGUGUAUUACGGAAAUGAUAAUAUGGCACAGCCAACAGCAGUAUAUUGGAGGGCUUCAAUUCAUUACCAACCUAGGGAGGUGUUCUCCUCACCUUGGAGGGGGCGAGACUCAAGUCACGCCAACUAUAGCAAGAAGCAAAGGAGGAGUUUUGGUUGGUGUUAUCAGCCUAUUAAAGCGGCAUGAUUUGGGCUAUUUGUUUAGCAAGAUCCAGGCGAGUAAAGGCAUAUGGCGCCACGAUGUUUUCGAUAGAGUGCCAAAAGAGUGCGAUGUAUUUUCUGAUUAUUACGGUUCCAAGGACGGUCGACCCUUCAACGAUCGUAUUGUUGUACGGAACUCAGAUAUAGCUAUAUCCCAAAUCGAGGUAUGGAGCGCCGGGGUUAUUGAUAGCAUUCAGUUUACAUACGUUGACAGUAAAAACAAGGCAGGGAGCCGAAUUCUGUCCGAUAGACAUGGGGGUAUGGGAGGCUCUAAAAAGGCUCCGUUUGUUCUUGGUUCAGGAGAGCAUAUCUUCGGUAUCUCUGGAAGGCAUGACAACAGUCGAAUCACCCAACUAACAUUUAUAACAAAUCGGGGACGGACUAGCGAUGUAUUUGGAGUGGGACAAUCGACCGGAGAAUCUCAGUCUUUCUCAGUUUCUUCCCCUGAGGAUCAUGAAGGGAACCGCAUGAGGCUGCAGUACAUAUGUGGAAAAUGCGAUACGUUCCUUAAUGGGGUUGUGUUUGCUUGGACUCCCCUAUAA